AUGGCCAAGCGCCAUGCGUCGGAGUCCCUCGACGAGCUCCUCGGUAUAGCAUCACCAGCAUCCAAAAAGUCGCGAACAGCCGAAGUCGAAACGCCGCCCAACGAAAACGGCGUAUCCUUUGCCGCGCCAACACAAAUAGACGACGGCAACAACAGCUCUGAUAACGACGACGACCUUGACGAAGCAGUUCCCUCCGCGCCGUUGCGACAAGCCAACCCCACCGAGGGCUACGAUGACCUCUAUCUCGACACGAUAGACCGACAAGUCCUCGACUUUGACUUUGAAAAGCUCUGCUCCAUCUCGCUGUCCAACAUCAACGUAUACGCAUGUCUAGUCUGCGGCAAAUAUUUUCAGGGCCGCGGGCCCAAGUCCCAUGCGUACUUUCACGCCCUCGACGAAGACCAUCACGUCUUCAUCAACCUCGAGACCCAAAAAGUAUACGUCCUCCCAGAAGGCUACGAAGUGAAGAGCAAAUCGCUAGACGACAUCAAAUACGUCUCGGACCCACGGUACACCAAACGCGAAGUCAUGAGCCUCGACCGCGCGCACCACAAAUCAUGGACCCUCGCCGGGAAAGAAUACACCCCAGGAUUCGUGGGCAUGAACAACAUCAAAGAAAACGACUACCUCAACGUGAUUGUACAGGCACUCUCCCACGUGCCCCCGCUAAGAAACUACCUCCUUCUCGAGGACUUCACCAAGACUACAGAGCUGGUCAAGCGAUGCAGCAUCCUCUUCCGCAAGAUCUGGAACCCGCGCGCCUUCAAAGCCCACGUCUCUCCGCAUGAGCUCCUCCAGGAAAUCGCCCUCCGCUCCAACAAGCGCUUCACACUCACCACACAGUCCGACCCCGUCGAGUUCCUCUCCUGGUUCCUGAACAACCUCCACCUCGGACUGGGCGGCAGUAAAUCCAAACCGGGCAGCUCCAUGAUCCAGCGCACAUUCCAAGGCAGACUCAAGGUCGAGUCGCAAGCCAUCACCGCCCGCGCAGACGCCACCGACAGGCUGCGCUUCGAAGAGGCAGCACAGGUAAAGGUGGACAUUGUGCGCUUCCUCCUCCUCACGCUCGACCUCCCCGCGGCACCACUCUUCCAGGACGAACUCGAAAGGAACAUCAUCCCGCAAGUGCCCCUGACCACCAUCCUGUCCAAGUACGACGGCAAGUCGGCGCAGGAGCACCACGCCCAGCGCAAACGCUACCGCCUGCUGCACCCCCUCCCUCCAUACCUGAUAUUCCAUGUCAAGCGAUUCUCGCAGAACAAGUUCGUCUCUGAGCGAAACCCUACAAUCGUUACGUUUGAUGCUAGGAACCUCGAUGUGUCGCCGUACGUGGAACCGAAUCCCGCUGAGUGGCCGGUCUCGGAGCCCAUCUGGUACGACCUGGUCGCAAACGUUGUGCACGAGGCGGUGCGCACGAGGGAAGAUGUCGCGGAUAGCGGGGACGAGAGGAAGACGUGGAAGGCACAGGUCAGGGACAGGGCGACGGGCGAAUGGGUCAGUUGUCAGGAUUUGUACGUGGAAAAAGUCCAGAGCGAGUUGUUGUAUUUGGGCGAGACGUAUUUGCAGAUUUGGGAGAGGAGGAGGGAGCCAAAACCAGCGGCGGCCUCUGGAGCCAGGAAUAAGGCCAUGGCGUAA